AUGAAUCGACGCUGUUCUGAGGAUUUCUCACCCGAUCAUGCUCAAAUCGAUUCCCCAAAUCAAGGGAAUAGCGUGUACGGCUGCUAUGUGAAUGAUCGAUAUCGCAAUCGCACGAUAGAGAAGAACACGAUGGAUCUCGUUUUUACCCAAUUAGGGUUAUCUCCCGUCAUCCCAGAAUCGCCUAUCAGAGAACUUCCUCUUUUCCCUCCGAUUUCUCGGUACUGUUCCAGUUUCCUGCAAUUUCUCGUUCUAGAUGCGAUUCUUUUGAGUAAUUUCGUUCCAGAAUAUGCCAGAUCAAUUAUAGAGCCUAUAGAAACUCCAGAAACGAAGGAUGCGAAAGAUCAGGAAGGCAUUGCUUGGAGGAAGCACAAAGGAUGUCGCUGCAAGCAGUCCAAAUGUUUAAAGUUGUACUGUGACUGCUUUUCAUCAGGAUUGUUCUGUAUCGACUGUGACUGUGCUGAUUGCCAUAACAAGCCUGCGAACUGUGAUGUCAGAGAAGCAGCUUUGGUGAAUGUAUUAGGUCGCAAUCCAAACGCCUUCAAUGCAAAGCCUCUCAGCCUCCCAAUUGAUAAGCAGUAUAAGGCUAAACUUGGACUGGUUUCGAGAGGCUGCAAAUGCAAAAGAACCAAGUGCUUGAAGAAGUACUGUGAAUGCUUUCAGGCUAACGUUAUGUGCUCAGAAAACUGUAAAUGCAUCAACUGUGAGAACGUCAAUGAAGAGAUCCAGCCUUCUGUUCUUGCCUGGGGUCUAAAAAACAGGAGGCUUUUCAAAAGUUAUGAGAGUCAUUGCGAUGCCAAUGCUAUAGGAACUAACGAUAACAGCCACAAUAGUGCUGGAUGUAUGAAUUAUGCUCCUGGAUUUUCUGCUCAUAGUUCCCCACAGGUAUACCGGAGGAGAAGAUUCCUGGAGCUACCUGAGCAGUGGAAUUCUUGUCCAGCUCCUUUAAGUUUGAAACCUGAAAAUGCCAUUCUAAAUCCUCUGUGUUCCCCUAUGUUUAGCUCUCCUAAACUCCCUUACAGAAAGAAAAGGUCUCGUUUGGGAUAUAGCAGCACACAUGUUCCGGACGUGGGAGAUAUAUGCUCACUUCUCUUAGCAGCAUCUGAAUCUGCUACAGCAAAAGCAGGCAACACACCAGUGUUCGACCAGAACAGGAUAUGUAUAAAGACUGAUGACAAGCUAGACAACAUGUGCCUUGAGCUAUCUAGUAAUGUGGAAGAGGAAAUAUCAUCAUGUGGAAGAUUGAUCGAACUCAUAGAUGCCCAAUACAAUGGAGAAGAGGAUUCUCAGUGUCAAGAGACCAAGACAAAUGGCAAUGAAGCAGAUAUAUACAUGGAGCAAGAGAAGGCAGUGCUUGAAAAUUUCAGAGAUUGCCUCCAGAAGUUCAUCAACAUUAGAUUCGGAAGAGGUACUAAUUCCAUCUCACUUCGAUAA